GCAAGUGCGGCGCACGCUGGGGGAGGGGGAGCGACAGAGCGCGAGGCUGGCGUCGGGCCGCCGGCUGCCGGCCGGGCGAGAUUAAGUUUCUCGGUCACGCGUGAGUGUCUGUGCGCGUUUCUCCCCGGAGCUGCUCGCCGCGCCGUUACUUCACAAGAGGAGAGAGCAGCGUGGGCGAGGCGAGGCAAGGCUCCUCUAGUCCCUGGCGACCCCAGUUCUCCAGCCCUCCGCCUCCGUCCCCGCCCGGGGCGGCCGCUGCGAGCCGGUUUUCGGCGGACACAACAUCUUUGUUUGUAUGUGGUGCUGAGGAUCGAACCCAGGCCGCACGCAUGCCAGAGUUCCAUUUUAGUUGCUGUUUGAAAUCAUUUUAGAGAAGAACUUUGAAAGAAAUGUUGGAAACCAUAGAUAAAAAUCGGGCCCUGCAGGCAGCAGAGCGCUUGCAAGCCAAGCUACGAGAACGUGGGGAUGUAGCAAAUGAAGACAAACUCAGCCUUCUAAAGUCAGUCCUGCAGAGCCCACUCUUCAGUCAGAUUCUGAACCUUCAGACUUCUGUACAGCAGCUGAGAGACCAGGUUAGCAUUGCAACUUCAACAACUUCAAGUGUUGAAUAUGCCCACAUUCCUCACCUCAGUUCUGUUACAAUUCCUACUGUACAAAAUGAAUCACUUUUAUUAACUUCAAAUAAUGGGAAUCUGGAAGCCCUCACUGGACCUGGUACUCCACAUAUCAAUGGGAAGUCUGCAUGUGAUGAAUUUGAUCAGUUGAUCAAAAACAUGGCCCAGGGUCGCCAUGUGGAAGUUUUUGAGCUCCUCAAACCUCCAUGUGGAGGCCUUGGGUUUAGUGUUGUGGGACUCAGGAGUGAAAACCGGGGUGAGCUGGGUAUAUUUGUGCAAGAGAUACAAGAGGGCAGUGUGGCUCACAGAGAUGGAAGGCUGAAGGAAACUGAUCAGAUCCUUGCUAUCAAUGGACAGGCACUUGAUCAGACCAUCACACAUCAGCAGGCUAUCAGCAUCCUGCAGAAGGCCAAAGAUGCUGUCCAGCUAGUUAUAGCCAGAGGCUCCUUACCUCAGCUUGUCAGCCCCAGAGUUUCCCGUUCUCCAUCUGCAGCCAGUACAAUUUCAGCUCACUCAAAUCCCGUUCAUUGGCAGCAUGUAGAAACAAUUGAACUGGUGAAUGAUGGGUCUGGUUUGGGAUUUGGCAUCAUCGGAGGAAAAGCAACGGGUGUGAUAGUCAAAACCAUUCUGCCUGGAGGAGUAGCUGAUCAGCAUGGGCGAUUAUGCAGUGGAGACCACAUUCUAAAGAUUGGUGAUACAGAUUUGGCAGGAAUGAGCAGUGAGCAAGUAGCACAAGUCCUUAGGCAGUGUGGAAAUAGAGUUAAGUUGAUGAUUGCAAGAGGUGCCAUAGAAGAAACUACAGCACCCACCUCUUUGGGCAUCACCCUCUCCUCUUCCCCAACAUCUGUGCCAGAGAUGCGGGUUGAUGCUUCUACUCAGAAAAAUGAAGAAAGUGAGACAUUUGAUGUGGAACUCACUAAAAAUGUCCAAGGAUUAGGAAUUACCAUUGCUGGUUAUAUUGGAGAUAAAAAAUUAGAACCAUCGGGAAUCUUUGUAAAAAGCAUCACAAAAAGCAGUGCUGUUGAACAUGAUGGAAGAAUUCAAAUUGGAGACCAAAUUAUAGCAGUAAGUUACACAUUUAAUAAUAGCUUUGUCAAAUUUCAUGGUCGAGAAUGCAUUUUCCUAGUUUAUACUCAGUUCUGAGAAAACAGUUAACUG